GGGUGUUCUUGUCUCGAUUUGACUCAGAAUUGAGAAAAGCCCUCCUCCACCCACUGCAUAUCACCAACCCAUCUCAUUUUUUUUUAAUCUUUCAUUCUAUAUUCACAAAUAUUCAAUCUCUCUCUCUCUCUUUCUCUCUCUCUUUUUACUCUGUAUUUUGAUGCUCAUUUAGCCUCUCAGAUUUGUUUCGUCUUUCGAAGAACAGCUCAAAACAAACAAGACCCAUUUCUAUAUAUUUACAAGAAGAUGAGAGGGGUUUUGUGGCAACUUGGGCAAUCAAUCACUCGCCGACUUGCUCAAGCUGAUAAGAAGGUCGUAACACGACGAUGCUUUGCCACAGAAGCUGAACUCAAGAAGACAGUUCUGUAUGAUUUCCAUGUCUCAAAUGGUGGCAAGAUGGUCCCAUUUGCUGGAUGGAGCAUGCCCAUUCAAUACAAGGACUCAAUCAUGGAAUCCACUCUGAAUUGUAGGGAAAACGGUAGCCUAUUUGAUGUCUCUCAUAUGUGUGGGCUAAGCCUCAAGGGGAAGGACUGUAUCCCAUUUCUUGAGAAGCUCGUUAUUGCCGAUGUUGCCGGGCUUGCCCCUGGAACUGGGACGCUUACUGUCUUUACGAAUGAGAAAGGAGGAGCAAUUGAUGAUUCGGUGAUCACAAAGGUUACGGAUGAUCACAUAUACCUGGUUGUGAAUGCAGGGUGCAGAGAUAAGGAUCUCGCUCAUAUUGAGGAACAUAUGAAGGCAUUCAAGGCCAAAGGUGGAGAUGUCUCUUGGCAUAUUCAUGAUGAGAGAUCUCUACUAGCUCUCCAGGGUCCUCUUGCAGCACCAGCUCUUCAACACCUGACAAAGGAGGAUUUGAGCAAGAUAUACUUUGGAGAGUUUCGGAUGUUGGAUAUUAAUGGGGUCCACUGCUUCAUCACUAGGACAGGGUACACAGGUGAAGAUGGAUUUGAAAUUUCGGUUCCUUCAGAGCAUGCGGUAGAUCUUGCUAAAGCAAUCAUAGAGAAAUCUGAAGGGAAGGUAAGGUUGACCGGGCUGGGUGCCAGAGACAGUCUCAGGCUUGAAGCCGGGCUGUGUCUGUAUGGCAAUGACAUGGAACAACACGUAACACCGGUUGAGGCUGGGCUCACUUGGGCCAUAGGUAAGCGAAGAAGAGCCCAAGGCGGGUUUCUUGGCGCCGAGGUGAUCCUCAAGCAACUUGAAGAGGGUCCAUCAAUCAGGCGUGCCGGUUUUUUCUCUUCAGGUCCGCCUCCCAGAAGCCACAGUGAGAUUCAGGAUGACAAAGGGAAUUCCAUUGGUGAAGUCACUAGUGGAGGAUUCAGUCCCUGUCUCAAGAAGAACAUUGCAAUGGGGUAUGUGAAAACCGGGUCACACAAAGCGGGCACCAAAGUUAAGAUUUUGAUCCGCGGGAAGGCCUAUGAUGGAAAUGUCACAAAAAUGCCUUUUGUACCAACAAAAUAUUACAAGCCAUAAUUUCUGUUCUGUUUUUAGCUUAUUGAUUUCCCCGUUGGUUCCUCAGUUUGACUUGUUUAGAUGAACUUGAAUGCGGCUACAAAUGCUAAUACUUCUAUUUGGUAGUUGGUGAAAAUAAAUACCGAAAAAGAGUAUAUGAUCAUUUGAUUUGUUUUUGUUGUUAUACCAUGGUCAUUUGAUUGAA